GGGGGUGAGUGCCCCGACCCACCCGCCCGCGUACCCCUGACAUGUGGCUGCUCCGGUUCCCAGAUCGUGGCGAAGCUGGAGCCCCUGGGUGAGGAGGAGGAGACCCGCGCUGACCUGAACCCCUGUCGCCGGCAGCCCUCGGGCUGCACCAUCUUCCUGGGCUUCACCUCCAACCUCAUUAGCUCGGGCAUCCGUGAGACCAUCCGCUACCUGGUGCAGCACAACAUGGUGGACGUGCUGGUGACCACGGCAGGCGGCGUGGAAGAGGAUCUCAUCAAAUGCCUGGCACCUACCUACGUGGGGGAGUUCAGCCUGCGGGGGAAGGAGCUUCGGCAGAGCGGGAUCAACAGGAUCGGGAACCUGCUGGUGCCCAACGACAACUACUGCAAGUUCGAAGACUGGCUCAUGCCCAUCCUGGACCAGAUGGUCGCUGAGCAGAACAUGGAGGGUGUGAAAUGGACCCCAUCCAAGAUGAUCGCACGGCUGGGCAAGGAAAUAAACAACCCGGAAUCGGUCUAUUACUGGGCACAGAAGAACAACAUCCCGGUGCUGAGCCCGGCCCUGACAGACGGAUCCCUGGGGGACAUGAUCUUCUUCCACUCCUACAAGAACCCCGGUCUGGUGCUGGACAUUGUGGAAGAUCUCCGGCUGAUCAAUACUCAGGCCAUCUUUGCAAAGAAGACGGGCAUGAUCAUCCUAGGAGGGGGCCUGGUCAAACACCACAUCGCCAAUGCCAACCUGAUGAGGAACGGGGCCGACUACGCUGUCUACGUGAACACGGCACAGGAGUUUGACGGCUCCGACUCGGGGGCCCGGCCAGAUGAGGCGGUGUCCUGGGGGAAGAUCCGCAUGGAUGCCAAGCCGGUGAAGGUUUACGCCGACGCUUCCCUGGUUUUCCCACUGCUGGUGGCUGAGACCUUCGCCCAGAAAGCCAGUGCCUUUGGCUCCGAGAAGCAGCAUGACUGAAACCCCCUGGCUCAGCAGGGCCCCAGACUGGGACGCAGCAUGGGGAGUCCGGAUGGGGAGGGGAGUCCUAGGCCCUAGGAACAAAUGGGCUUAUACCCAAGCCCAAUUUCCCCUCUCCCCGACCCGUCACCGGAGACUGCACCCACCCCCCAGCCUCUGCCCCUGUGGCUGUGCUGGGAUCCCAGGGAAGGCGGGGAGGUUCUGGCUUUAACCCCCUGCUUCCGAAUUCACAAGGGCUGGGGCGUGCCUGGGUGUCAGGACUCCUGGAUUCUAGACCCAGCUCUGCUGUAGAAUGGGGGUGGCCUUGCCCGCCCUCAGGGGCUGUGAAGCUCAGUGCAUUGAGGCCUUAGGUAAGGGCAGGGUUGUGACCAGCUCCCCCACUCCAGGGUGUUGGCAGAGCCUAGCACCCACCCCUCACAUCCGCCUUUGGACUCGUGGCUGGGGGCAGCAGGGCUAGGCCGGGUCCCACUGAUCCAUGGCACGUGUUAAACAUGAUUUUAUUAUUCA